GGAUUUGCUUCUCCAUUGCUUUUCUUCUCGCCCACGGCCGUGCCAAAAGCAAGUCCGAAGCUCGCCGAAAAACGUCAAUACGAAAAGGCUCCUAGCCCCUCCCCCGCCAUCGGCCAAUACUUUUGAGCUCAACAACACACGGCACCACCACAACUUCAGCCGCUUCACUCACCACGACCUAACCUCCAUAUACUUCGUCUUCAGGCAGAACUAGAGCAAAUACCGCCAAAAUGGGUCGCCAAUUCUUCGUCGGAGGCAACUUCAAGAUGAAUGGCAAUAUCAAGACCAUUCGGGAUAUUGUGCACAACAUCAACCAGGCUAAGCUUGACCCGAACGUCGAGGUCGUGAUUGCGCCGCCAUCCCUCUACCUCCUCCUCGCCCGCGAACACCUCCGAAAGGGCAUCGAAGUCGCGGCGCAGAACGUCUUCGACAAGCCGAACGGCGCUUUCACCGGCGAGAUCUCCGUCGACCAGCUGAAGGAGAGCGGCAUUACCUGGACUAUUCUGGGACACUCGGAGCGGAGAGUCAUUCUGCAGGAAGACGACCAGUUCGUUGCGAGCAAGACCAAGGCGGCUAUCGAUGGCGGAUUGGGCGUCAUCCUGUGCUGCGGCGAGAGCUUGGAGCAGCGCGAGGCGGGCAAGACCAUCGAAGUCGUGACGACGCAGCUCAAGGCUGUCGCGGAGAAGGUCAAGGACUGGUCGAGGAUUGUCGUUGCUUACGAGCCUAUCUGGGCUAUUGGUACCGGCAAGGUCGCGACCACCGAGCAGGCACAGGAAGUCCAUGCUGCUAUCCGUGAGUGGCUGAAGAAGGACGUAUCUCCCGAGGCGGCCGAGGCUACACGCAUACUGUACGGAGGAAGCGUCACCGAGAAGAACUGUAGCGAGCUGUCGAAGCAGCCCGAUAUCGAUGGCUUCUUAGUCGGCGGUGCUAGCUUGAAGCCCGCCUUCGUUGACAUCAUCAACUGCAACAAUGCGUGAAUGCAUGGUGGCGAUGCUCGUCUCUAAGGACGGGUAAAGAAGGUGGGCUUCGCUAGGGGUGGAAGGCAUAUCAAGGGUCUAACAUUACCUUCUCAAAAUCGACUGUACUGGAUGAAUGGGCCGAUGCGUAAAGAAUCUUACAAUGGCUCUUCAAGUGAUAUGUUU